AUGGCGACUAGUGGGGUGGAUGAACUGGUGAUUCAACUGAACCAAACACUGGAGUUAUCAACUAUGGAGCAGGGAGUUAAAUUGGUUGGGAAAGUCUUUACGCAGAAACCAGUGAACAAAUGGGGAGUCAGGAAUAUUCUUAAAGCGGUUUGGAAAGAGCUGGGUGAGGUGGAAAUAAAAUGGGUAAGAGAGAAUGUCUUCAUUAUUUCGGUCAAAGAUGAAAAUGUGGCUUCAAAGAUCAUUGAGCAGGUCCCCUGGGCAGUGAUGAAGAAGGUGUUCUCGAUCAUGAAAUGGCCUCCGGAGCUCGCCUUAGAGGAGCUGGAGUUGAAUGCUGUUCCAUUUUGGACUCAAAUAAGGGGAAUUCCACUGGGCUUAGCCUCUGUUGAGAACGUUCAGCGUGUAAUCAAAGAGGCUGGGGAAUUUAUAGCCAUGGAGGAUCCCGGACACGCUCGUGGAUUUGUACGAGUAGGAAUUUUAGUUGAUACGGAGAAGCCAUUAUUUAAGGGAUGCUGGAUUCAAAGGGAGUCAAAUAAGGAAACCUGGGUGGAAUUUCGGUAUGAACGGCUUCAAGAUUUCUGCUACAAGUGUGGACGGAUUGGGCAUAUAAAUACAGAAUGCUCCGCUGAGAUGUCUGGAGAAGGGGAGGUGGCGUAUGGCGAGUGGAUUAAGGCGCCGCCGAUAAGAGAGGUGGUGAUACCAAUGAGAGUGGAGUGUGUGGGCAGGGGGGAACGCCGGCAGGCCGGGGCGGUGCGCGGACCGGGCUUCACGUCUGCACAGAAUCAAGGUAAAAAAAAAUGGCGUAGAAGAAUGCGGGUGGAGGGAGAGGAUUCGUCUUCCUGCUCUGAAAUGGAAAGCAUAAAAACAGUGGGUGAAGGACAAUCGGGCGAGGUACAGGGGGGCAAUGACACUCUGUCCGCCCAGGGUGAUGACCCACUCUGGGGCAGCAAAAGAAGUGGGGAAGCACAGGAUUUGGUGCUAACUCAAGCUCCACAGAAGAAACUCAAGGGCCCGGUUACGGAGGAGAACUGCCAAGGUAGGGCGGCAGAGAUAGGAAGCAGGUUAAACAACAAGGAUGGAGGGCUAACGAUGGAAAGCGCGAACCGUACGGCGGAGGAGAAUAAGGAAGAAAUAAGUGAGAAUACUGGAAGACGGGAUGUAAUGGAUGAGGGGUCAGAUUUUGAUAAAGGUAGGAUGGUGACACGGAAGGCGGGCAAGUGGGCUCGGGGCGGUGGCGGCUGGCCUUCAACAGCCGCAGGCCAGCCAUGA